AUGAACCAGACAAGGAGCAGACUCUUUUCUGACACCGACGAGAGGCCCCAGCCCGUGCCAAGAAAAACCCUUUCUCCACAUAAUGCCCAUCCAAGCAAACUUUACGUCCGACGCACCACACCCAGCCCGCCUCCCCGAAGACCAAGACUUUCUCGACCAAUGGGAUCGGAGAGUCCAGAGGACGCUCGGCGCACCCCCUCUCCCCUCCCACCCCUACCAAAACGACACACAACCUCUUCACUUCCUCCCAACUCGAUUGAUUUGCGAAUAGCUCGUGUAAGACCCUUCCUGUUUCCCCAACGCUCAUUCUCUCCGGCUGAAGACUCCCUCUCCAGCGUCACACCAGAUGGAUCGCCCCAGGGCGAAUUGAGGCCUCCGGAUGCAUGGGCCACGGAAUUUGCCAGGUUGCCAAGGCUUUCGCGUCAGACGACGGAGACCUCGGCAGAUGUGGGCGAAGACUCCGACGACCUCUCAACAGACUCGUCCUACGAAGAUCUACCAGUUCCACGCCUUCGAGGUCGAAACCCACAAGGCAUUUCACGGAUACCUGGCCACCAUUCCCUGCGGCGUCCUGGUGAAUCAGUUCCUCCAACAGCAGUAUCCUCUCAGCACCAACAGGAAUUUGUAAAACACAGUCAGACCACUGGUUUCGUUAACUCAAAGAUUCUGGUGUCUCGGUUAAAUGUCCAUUUACCUUCGACUCCCCAAGAGUUGGCCAAUGAACUCAAAACUGGAGUUCACCUUGCUCAGUUCUUGAAUAAUCUUCUUGGCUACAAGGCGGUUAAAAAGGUUUAUGAAGCAACUGGCGCAUCUUGGCAGUAUCGUGCGCGUCAAAAUUUGUUUCAUUGUCGAGAGGUUAUCCGCCAAGUUGGCAUACCGAAGCACCGCCUUUUCUCAGUCUCGCGUCUCCUUGCGGCAGACACGACGGUGGGUUUGUUCGGCCUCCUUCAUUGCCUCCAGACCCUUGUGGAGGUGUGGACAAGCAAAACCAGCGCCUACAUGGUGGGUGGAUUGAGAGUUCGUGAAAAGCUCUCGAGUCACACCACAGCUAGUCGAUCUAUCAUUGGAGAUAUAACAGCUCGUCGCUAUCAACGUCACAGGCCUGCUUCAGCUCAUCAUGAAUUGACCACAAGACCCGCACAAGGACAAAACGCAUGCUAUUUUGGGGUAGAAUUGAUUUGGAAGGUAGCUCGUCGGAUUGAACCCAACGAUGAUCUCAUAAUUACAGCCUUCGAUGUCAGCAAAUAUCGACCCAAAAAAACAAUUGGUUCGGUUUCUGUCAAUUUGGCAGCCCUUGCUCAAAGGCAGGUUCUCAACUUAGAAGAGCCACUUGUGGACGCAAACAAAAUGGUUACAAAGGCCACCCUCUCCUUCGACUUGUUUUACCGCCCACCAGACCAGGGGGAAGCCGGUCUUGACAUAGGUCGAUUCGAACACCCCCUAGCCGACCUUCAGCAAAUAAGGGGAGCCGACGACCUUGACUUCGACGAUGGAGAAGCAGACGGUGCUGAGUUCGGAGAACAAGACAACCUGAUGAAUUUGUACGGGUUUGGUGACGUCGCCGGCGCCGAAAUUGAUGUCCCCUCGGAACAUUCAUCAGACCUUUCCGCACCCAUUCGAAGUAAAGCCAUUGAUUCUGAAUUUAACAUCCAAAAGCCUCAAAUUGAUGGGAACCGUGCCGUUUUAUUUUUUAGAGAUCCAAAGCUGAAGCCGCUAAUUGAUCCAACCAUUCUCAAGUCGGAAACAUUUACUGUAUCUGUAACCGUUGUGGAGGUGCGUGAGUUACCUGGAGUAAAUGUGAAUCCAAUGGUUGCAGUGACCGCAGCUGGGAAGACUCGUAAGACGGAUAUCAAAUUUUACACGAACAAUCCUUACUACAACAAAUUCCUUUCAUUUGAAUACUUCCUUCCUCGAACAGCCGUAUUCGAUGAACUUAUCUGGAUCCGUGUAUACAACCUCAGUUCACGGAUGAUUGCCAGAAUUCUCCCAGGAAAAUUGAUUGGCGAGUUUGUUAUCGAUGUGAGAACAAUCUACGAAAGUAAAGGGCACAAUCUCACAAACAAAUGGGCCGUAUUGAUUGAUCCAAAGAAACCCCUCAGUGGUCCGCAGGGGUACGUGCGAGUAGACAUGGCGUUUCUCGGCAAAGACGACAUCCCUAAGCAUAUCAAACAUGAGAAAGAUGACGAGGACAUUAGCCUGGAAGGAAAUCAACUGGUCCCAAAGGGCAUAACCAAUCUUUCAAAGAGAAACAUCACUGAGUUUUCGGUGAAAGUCUACCGGGCCGAAGGGCUUCCUCCAAUGAACACGGAUAUCGUCACCUCUAUCAAACAGGCUUUCGUGGGUGAAUCAGCCCCGAUGUGUGAUCCCUACGUCGAAGUUUCCUUCGGUGGCCAUUCGGCAAAAACAAAGGUGAAGAAAUUCACCUACACGCCAAUUUGGAACCAGGAAAUUGUCUUUUGCGACUUCUUCCCUCCACUGACGCACACCAUUCGACUCUGUGUGCGAGACUGGGAAGCAGUGAAGGACGAGACAAUUGCAACGCAUUUAAUCGAUCUCAAAAAAAUUUUGGACAAAAGUAGUGAAAAUGUGAUGCCAACAUUUGGUCCCUCAUGGGUAAACCUGUACGGAGCCCCGCGAACCUACACCUAUGAACAAGCAAAGCGUCCUGAGGAUGAGUUAAAUAGGAGUCUUGGAGAAGGAGUCGCAUACCGUGGUCGGUUGCUUGUGGCCAUCAAAGCACAACCAAGCAAGGAUGCCAUGAAAACGGGAGCCAUCCUUCGAGGGACACCGCCUGUUUCUGAGCUUGUUGCCGGAAGAAAGAGCCCUUACCUUCUGUUUGUUGCAUUCUACGGAAUCUCCGUUGUAGACCCUGAAAUUGGAAAUGAGAAACUUCCAAUCCAAUUUGAAAUUACAAUUGGUAGGCUGUGGUUUAAUAAGCAAAUUUUGUUUGUAGGAAAUUAUGGCAACAAAAUUGAUGGAAAAAAGGGCGGAAUACUCGUAAAAGAGCAGUCCCCACUGAAAUCAGAGACAAGAGCCAGGGUCCAGUGGGAUCACAGUUUGACAGAACUAAUGGAACUGAAGUCUGACGAUGGACUAUACUACCAUGUCGACUUCGGUGGAGUUCAGCCUUGUCUCUUCUUGCUGAGUGAAUUUGAGGACCAUCGAUUGCGCAUGUGCAUCCCCAAUAUAAUAGAAAAACUCAGAACAGAUUUUUCUUGUGCAAUGGACCAGAUCCACUACCUUCUUCAUCGUCGCAAACCAGGCUCCGCUCGCCACCGCUUGCGUCAAAUUCUGUUGUACAAGAGUCGUAUUUUCCGAAAGGCAGCGAAUGAUGUGCGCUCUUGCCGUGGCACAGCCCCUAAGACCAUGCUCGACUUAAGCUAUCAGCGACGCGUCCGAACUGACUUACUGCGAAUCGAAAUUCGACUCAAGCGACUCGGGCGGAAACUCAACGGCGCGAACCUUUACGAGGCAAUAAGGGAGGCAAAUGCAGUCAUUCACCGUCUCUCUGAAUUGAUGGAUUGUCCACAGCACGGUCUGCCAGAUGUUUUUGUCUCGAUGGUUUUGGACAACAAGCGUAUUGGUUUUGUAAGAAUCCCAGCCCGGGACAUCUACUACUCGUCGUCCGAUGCAGAGCGAGGAAAACUCACGUCUCAAGUGACCACUCACUUUGUUCGGAAACCCGGCCACCGUGGUGUCGGUGAGAAGGGCUGGCGCAUCCAAUGCCAAUUGCGAAUGUAUACUUGGUUGGGCCUUGUUAAGGACUACCUCGCCUACAAGAGUGGGCUGCCAGAAGGCUAUGAUCCGGAGUGCGUGCUUGGAGUUGACCCCCCAAAAUCCCUAAUUUACGUAGAUUCAAGCAAAUUUGAGCUGAGAUGUUAUCUUUACUUGGCGAAGAAUCUUUUGGCAUCCAACAAAACAGGGUUUUCCGAUCCGAUGGCUCGGGUUUUAAUCGACAAUGAGAUGUUGGAGACAUUUCCCAUUUAUGACACGAUGAGUCCUUUGUGGGACGUAACUCUAAUCAAAACCAACAUCACCUUCUAUCAUCUACCCGAAGGCGUGUUGAGGAACCCACCACAAAUUAUUGUGGAAUUCUUCGACGUAAUUGCACCUAAAGUGUCCAACUUCCUGGGGCGGUGUUUCUGUGAGCCCAACAUUGUGAUCAAGGGUUCCGAUUAUCAGCCUCCACAACUUCAAUGGUGGCAGAUUUAUCGAGGCCAAACGACUGCUGGAAAGCUACUCGCUAGCUUUGAUCUUAUUCAGAUUGACGCUCUGGACGACAUUGACGCCAUCCCAACAGUUGAGGAUCUAGCUGACUUCACCAGACGUUUUAAUGAGCGCAUUCUUCUUGGUCCGAGCUGUGGGAUUCCCUUUUCCGAUGACUCGGAUGAUUACGAAGAAUACGGAGAGCAGUGGGACGAUGAGAUCCAACAGGCAGCUCGGCUGUUUGACGAAGAAGCGAUGGCAGAAUUAGAAGCUCCUUUAGAUGGGGACAUGGAAGAUACGCGGAGCCUAGUAUCUGCUGGCACGUCCGGAACCCUCGUUUCCACAGCAACCACAGGGACGAGAAAAAAGAAGAAGAAGGCGAAGGUCGGGUUGGCAACAGCUGAUCUAGUCCGCUGGCGAGCGGAUGAUGCUCUACGGUUGCCGGAAAACAUCAGGCCUCCUCUAGGAAGAUACAGGCUGGAGGUGGUAUUUUGGGGUGUCCGCGAACUACGACGUCAAUUUCUAUUACCGGUCAACCGGCCAAUUAUCACAAUCGAAGUUGGUGGAACAAAAGUUGUAUCUGACCUCCUUCGCAGCGCUAAAAUCAACCCACUAUUUGAAAAGCGUCUUAAAUAUGUUGAUUUGUAUCUACCCCUGGAUGAGAAACUUUGGCCCCCAAUUACUGUUAUGUGCCACGAUCAUCGGAUGUUUGGAGUUUCUAUUACUGUUGGGUUGUGCACUCUGCCUAAUCCGACAGAUUUCUUCGAAAAGAAAGACCUAGAGGUCUACGAUGAGUACGAGAGCAGCACACCAAUUGGGUCUGAAGCCCCGCCGGAGGAGAAAGCCCCGAUCUUUUCGAAGGCAUUGGCUGGCAUGGGUGAACCGGAGGCUGAAGAACUCGCCCCUCAGGCAGAAGACACCGCAUUUCAGGCGGGCCGCUAUGGAGCUCCACAGCAGCCCUCCGUCUACAGUGGGGCUAGUGCAGAGGCCGAUGAAGAUAGCGAUUCAGAAAGUGGAACUGGGGAAAAGGACUCAACAGCAGUCAGCAUGACGACAGGGUCGCACCCUGGCAUGUACACUGAGCGAGACCCCAUCUUGAAGGGGUCUCCAGGAAAGCCUACGGGUCAACCCCGAGGUUACGAUGGACCUCUGGCAAAGGAUACACCCCAGGCUGGGAUUAAGACGUUUCCGGUUAAUCCACUGACAAAACUGUCAAAACAAAACCUCAAUACCCUUGACUGGUGGUCCAGACUUUUUGCUUCACUGAACGAUAUUGAUCUCGACGAAAACACGUCAAACGAUGGUGAUUCGGAUGAAAUUGACUCAAAGUUUGAGGACAAUUUAGAAAAUGUUGAACUUCCGCCAGAGGAUGCUGAACAAGACGAGGAGGUGAUAGUUGCUGAAAUCCCGGAAGAAGUAGUGAUUCAGGGUGGCCGAAAAUCACGCCGUAAUCAAAUCCGUAAAUUCUUUCACUUGAAACCAAAGAAGGAGCUUACAGCCCUCGAGCGCUUCGAGAAGCAGAAACAGAAGGAGAAAAAGAAGAAGGCCAAGAAAAACAAGAAGGGAAAAUCAGAACCAAAAAUACUUCGAAAAAUCCGCGGAGAUGCCAAGAAAGCCUUCCUAAGAGAGCUAGAGCAAGAUAUUGUCAUCACCACUGCUGGAAUUGAUCCGAGUCUCAUCGAACGCAUAAAAAUAUAUUCAACUGAAUUGGAGGAAGUACCAGAGUUCCAAGGUUUCUCCACGCCAAUUCGGAACUUUAAGCUAUUUCGUGGAAAACAGGAUGACGAUGAUACCCUAGCUGAAGAACGUGCUGUCGGUUACUUUAAGGGCAACAUAAAGCUGUAUCCCAUUCCUGAGGACGCUGAGCCUCCAGAAUCUGUAGAGGAUCUGCACUCAUUUCCGACGCUGCCCCAAAGGUUCAACUGGCGAAUUCUUGUCCGUUGUUACAUUAUUCGUGCCUUUAACCUCCAUCCAGCAGAUCCUACUGGACUCGCAGAUCCCUACCUCGUGGUCAGUAUGGGAAAGCAAGUUUAUAACGACAAAUCCAACUAUAUACCAAAAACUCUGCGCCCGACUUUUGGCAAAAUGUUCCAAUUUGAGGUGGAAUUCCCCACGACCACGGUUCUCCACAUAGAGGUAAUGGACCACGACAUAUUGGGGUCGGACGAUAUGAUCGGACAAACUGUCAUCGAUCUUGAAAGCAGAUUUCACAGUCCUCAUCGGGCUACCUGUGGUCUUGCUAAGACCUACUACAGCCACAGCUACGCCCAAUGGCGAGACAGCAAACUACCCACCGAGAUUCUCGCUGACUUGUGCAAAAAGAGCGGCAUUCCUCCCCCUGUGUACGCCCAAAUCGAUAACACUGUUAAAGUCGGUGGAAAAGCGUUCUAUGCUGACACUACGAUUGUGGAUGAAACAGAGACAAAAAAGAAGUCAAACGAGCCGCUAGCCCUUGCGGCACUGAAUCACUGGGAUGAAGUGCCUGGGGGAAUCGCCUUAGUGCCAGAGCAUGUGGAGGUCCGCAGAUUGCUGCACCCAGAAAAGGGAAGCCUUGAGCAAGGUCGUUUGAUGAUGUGGGUUGACAUGUUCGAUCGGGAUGAAGAGAGACCACCACCAUCGAUUGAUGUGACUCCCCGCACACCUGAGGCAUGGGAGCUUAGGUGCAUCAUCUACAACACUGCUGAGGUCGUCCUCAAUGACACUUCACUAUUUUCCAAUGAGAAGAGCGCAGACAUCUAUGUGCGUGGAUGGGUGAAGGGCGUUGGUGAGGAUGACCAAAAGACCGACGUUCACUACAGAUCCCUCUCAGGAGAAGGCAAUUUCAACUGGCGCUUUGUGUUCCCCUUCAAUUACAUGCGUCAUGAGGACCGGAUUGUUUUCUCCCGGAAAAAGGCAUUUGAUCUUGAUCCCGAGGAGGUCAAAAUGCCCUGCGAUCUCACCUUGCAAGUCUGGGAUAACGAACUUGUUCGAAGUGAUAAGUUUUUGGGCUCUAUUGCACUGAAGCUCUCUCAUAUGCCAAGACCUGCCAAGACACCAGCAACGUGUGGUCUCCAUCAGCUAGAAAAAACCUGUCCUUCGUUGUCGUUGUUCGAAAACAAGCAAAUCCGCGGUUGGUGGCCACUUGUAAUUAAAGAUGAUGACGAAGAAGGUGAUGUAGUUCAGGGUAAAGUCGAAGUGGAACUGCAUUUAGUCUCGGGACAGGACGCUGAAGCCUCUCCUGUCGGCAAGGGCCAUGAGGAACCAGAGGCACUGCCACAACCAGAUCGUCCGGACAGUUCAUUUAUGAGCUUCUUUGGCCCACUGAACACUAUCCGUUACUUGAUCAAGUACAAGUUGAAAUGGAUCCUCAUCAAGAUAUUGAUCGCCUUCCUUAUCUUGCUAAUAGUUUUCCUCUUGAUUUACACUUCGCCUGGAUGGAUCUCAAAGAAGAUUUGGAACGCCUAG